CACCCACCUCCUACACACCAGCUGAGCUCAGUCACCUUACGUCACUUCCGCCAGUGCUAGUGCUGCUGCUGCCGGGGACAAGAUGGCGGUGUCCGGGGAACCUGUGCGGCUGGACAGAGACAUCUCAAGAGCCAUUGAACUACUGGAGAAGCUCCAGAGAAGUGGGGAGGUUCCUCCACACAAACUGCACGCGUUGCAGAGAGUUCUACAGAGCGAUUUCUGUAAUGCUGUAAGAGAGGUCUAUGAACAUGUCUAUGAGACAGUGGAUAUCAAUAGCACCCCAGAAGUGCGAGCCAAUGCCACUGCUAAGGCUACAGUGGCUGCUUUUGCUGCAAGUGAAGGUCAUUCCCACCCCAGGGUUGUAGAACUCCCCAAAACAGAAGAAGGACUAGGAUUCAACAUAAUGGGUGGGAAAGAACAAAACUCUCCCAUCUAUAUUUCUCGUAUUAUCCCAGGAGGGAUAGCGGACCGACACGGAGGACUGAAGCGUGGAGACCAGCUGCUGUCUGUGAAUGGUGUGAGCGUUGAGGGGGAGCAUCACGAGAAAGCGGUCGAACUACUGAAAGCUGCCCAAGGGAAGGUAAAGCUGGUGGUCCGAUACACUCCACGAGUUUUGGAAGAAAUGGAAUCCCGCUUUGAAAAGAUGAGAUCGGCGAAACGCAGGCAGCAGAACUAAGAGGGCGCCUUGUGAACGCAAGACACAAACUUUCAGUUUUAUUGUAGGAUAAAUGAAGUUCCCCUGUGGACUACCAAUACAAUGCUUUUUCUAGAUUGACAUACGCAGCUGAGAAUCCAAUACCGUUACAGGUCUUUCUCGCAGAAAUGUUCAAACGUUUACAGGGCGGUUUUUAAUGACCCUCCUUUUUUAAUCUCAGAAGAAGUAAAACAAAAACACACACAAAAAAGAUGUUUUUAAUAUGAUAUAGAUACAUUUGUAAAAUGUUUUUUUUUUUUUCUUCUUUUCUUCAAACCUUGUUUUGCAUCCCAUCCUAUUUAAGUUUCUUUGGCAUUGGCACUAAGUCUUGUUAUUAAAGCCAUGUGCAGGAUGUAAUAGAAGACCUAGAUUUUGAACCGUAACUUUAUUUGGGGUUCUGUGUUGGUGGAUUUGUAGAUCGCCAUUCCUAGUUUAAAGGGUGACUCCAAUUUAUACCCAACAUUCUCCCUACUCCAAUGAGCACCCAGUAUACAAAACCACAAAGCAAUGUUUAAACGCUCACUUUUACCGGUGGCCAGUAUCAGUAGUGUUACAUUACUGGAAAGGAGUGCAUGUUUUCCCAAAUUGCAGCCGCAUCCUGUUGUGGCUCGCCAACAGCUCAACUAGUUGUAAAAGUGGAAUGCUGGGUAAAAGUAUCAUUUUGGCUGGAGUUGCCCUUUAACACCUGGCUGGUACUGUAAUGUCAUGUUUCCCUAGGUAGAUGUUGCUGUAUUCCUUUUUGUUUAGUGGUACUUUGCAUUGAGCAUUUUUAAAUGUUUUGUAAAUGAAAAUGAACCAGAAUGCAGGCUUCGUUGUUUUGUUGAAACAAUCAGUAAAAUAUUUGUCAAAGAA